AUGCCUGUUGUAAGCCGUACAGCUCUUCAACGUUACCCACAGGUAUCGUUUGAUGUGGGAGACCUAUCUUAUGAGGAGGAAUGUUCGAGUUUCACAACAAGCCUAAGUUCGAGCGUCUUCGCGUACAAAUUUGAGCAUGGCCGCCGCUACCACGCGUACAGAGAUGAGGAUUACUAUCUCCCGAACGAUGAUGAAGAGAAAGACCGCCUCGAUCUAUUUCACCAUAUUCUAACUCUUAGUUGCAACAACAAACUCCACCUUGCACCGAUUAGCCCUAAUGUCGAACUGAUUCUGGAUUUAGGAACUGGCACCGGGAUUUGGGCUAUAGACAUGGGGGAUACAUAUCCUUCAGCAAAGAUUUUGGGCAACGAUCUUAGCCCUAUACAGCCUACCUUGGUUCCCCCUAAUGUGAGAUUCGAAGUGGAUGAUGUAGAGAAUGAUUGGGUUUACCGCACAGAAUUCGACUAUAUACACGCUCGCUACUUUGCUGGAGCGAUCAAGGACUGGCCGAACCUAUUACGCCAAGUAUUCAAGUUCAAUAAACCAGGAGGCUGGGUGGAAUUCCAAGACUUCGAAAUGCAAUUCUACAUGACGAACGGGGAAUUCAAGACCGGCUGUCCGUUAGAUAAGUGGUGUUCUGAAAGCAUUGAAGGCCUACGCUCUGUUGGACUGGAACCUUCUCCUGGCCCUAAAUUACAACAGUGGUUCAAGGAUGUCGGAUUUGUCAAUGUGCAACAGAAGGUAGUGCCCGUGCCGGUGGGUGUCUGGCCAAAGGACAAAAGACUGAAAACUGUGGGCGCGCUUAAUUACCACCAAUUCAAUGACGGGCUGGAUGGCAUGUCGCUACGAAUAUUCACCGCCAUGAAAGGCUGGCAGCCGGAAGAGCUACGGGAAUUUCUGGCUAAUGUGAGGAAGGAUCUUAGAUACCCUCGACUACAAGCGCAGCAUAAUUUUUAUGUGGUGUAUGGACAGAAACCAGAAUGA